CGGGAAGAUCCGUGGGCCAAAGAGACUAAAAGACGGUGUUCGCGGGAGGAGAAAAAAUAAGAGGUAGUGGGGUAAAACGCCACCGAGGCUUCAAUGACAGCUUACACAGGGUCUCCGAAACGCAGGAGCGGGGACGAUCCCGGAGUCUUCCAUUGUGCGCGCCCCUCCUCUCCCGCUCCGCCCCCGCCGCUCGGUCCACAACACCGCUGCCGCCUGCACCUCCCGUUUACCCAGGUGGUUACCAAUGACUCAGGAGCUGAGUUUCCAAAAAUUUAUCGACCAGUCUGACUUACCAGAAGAACUUAAAUAUGACUUCAAUGAGAAAGCUGAAUUGAGACACACUGAGACACAAAAGCCUUUUGUCUUUAACUAUCAUAAAAAUAUCCUUGAGAGGAAUAGCAAGCGCUACCAGGCCCUUGGCCACUUACUUGAACAAUACACUUUUGAGCUUAUGGAAAAAGUGUGCAAAUUACAAAAAGUAUAUAUCCCACUAGAAGCUAAUAAAGAACCAAGAAGCUUCUUUUUCAUGAGUGAGAGAGCAUUAACAAGUCAUCAUUCUGUUCUUCUUGUCCUUCUUCAAGAUCAUGGGGUCUUUCAAGCUGGACAGUGGAGUCAGCAGGCAAUGAUACAUCAUGGUCUCCAACAUGGAAGUCAGAUUCCAUGUAUUCAGAUGGCAUUGCAGGCACAUUAUGAUGUAAUUGUGCCAAACCCCAAUGACAAUUUUGUGGACCUAAAGAUGGAGAAAGAGUGGGAAAGCCUUUUAACACAGAACAUUGAAUCUUCUUCCUUAAAAAUGGUUCAAGCUGAGAACUUUUUAACUCUUCAGCGGCCUGCCCAGUGCAUUCCAAAAAGAUGCAGCAACACCCCUGAAGAACACAUGGCUUACAUUUGGGAUUACUUCAUUUCAAAGACUGAAGGCAAGGAUGUUGCCUUCAUUGUACAUGGUUAUGGAGGCUUGGUUUUUAUGGACCUGCUUGUUCAUAGAAAGUGGGAAGUGAUGAGCAAAGUAUAUGCUGUUGCACUUAUUGACUCUGAACAUCAUAUAGGACACCAACUGGGAAGUGAUGUACAGUUACUAGCAUGGAUUAAGCACCACUGCCGUGAAUGGGUGACAAACCCUAAGCCUUUAGAUAAACCUGCAACUACUGUUUUGAAAAAGGAGUUUCCUGUAGUAUCUGCUGGUACAGAAAAACACAUCUUGGCCCCUUCCUCUAGCCUUCAGUCCAUUUUUAAAUACUUUAAAAAAGCUUUGAAAGCCAAAACAACUAUUAAUUUCUCUCGAAUGCCAGUAGUAACCAGAAGCUCCACAAAAAGAAAGCAAAGCACUUAAGCUACUUUUUUUGUCGUCUAAGAUUUUUUGAUCCCUUGCAAUUUUGUUCUAGUGGAUACUAGAAGGAAAAGAAUACUCAUACAGAGUAUUAUAUUCUGAUUUGAGGUUUGAUUUGUUACCUUCUUUAUAGUGAGUAUGUUCUCUUUUGUAGCCUAUUGGUAAACAAGGUCAGUGCCAUCAUUAAUAUUUUACAGUAUUAGUCAAGUUUGAGGAUCUUUCUUUUGAAAAGCUGCUUUCAUAUGGUUUAUUAGAAUGACACCAAAAGUGUAGUUGAUAGAAAUUAAAUAUUAAGUCAGUGUUUGAUUUCUAUAAUGCUA